UGCUCCAGCAUGGAUUCGGUGGUGAUCGUUCACACCAGCGAGGCUCAGGACUGGGCCACGUAUCUGCAGCAGGUCCUGGAGGUGUCUCAUCACUUCCCUAAAGGAUCCAUCAGGUUUUAUUUGGUGGAUGGAGAAGGUUCAGAAGAAGACCAGGAUGCUUCACGGUUCAGCUCCAGUAAAUGCACCCUGCUUCUGCUCUCUGAGGCGUUAAUAGAUAUUCAAAACGAGCCCAGGGUGCGGAACAGCCUGGAGACGCUUUUAUACCCCGCCAGUAAAGUGGUGGCGUUCUUGUGCGGCGUGUCUGAGAGGGAUGAACUGCUGGAGUGUUUUGAGAACUGGGAUAACUGGGUGAAGCUGGAUUCUGAGGACGAACCGGCGCUGUACGUCUCCACCGUUCUAGACGUCAUCGCUAACGGGAACAUGAGCACCUCUGAGGAUCAGCUGAUGAUUGAGGAUAUUUUACCUCCAUUGGAACAAAACAUGGACCAGUUUACUCUAGACGAUCCUGAGGAGUUUCCUCUACCGGACCAGUUUCCUCCUCCACCACCUGAGGAGGAUCUCGGAGUGCCGGAUGAAAACUCACCUCAGGAAAUAAACACCAGAUCUGAACCAGUACCAGAGGAGAGGGCGUGUCUGACCGUCCAGCCGGACCGGAUCCUGUGUGGAACUCAGGUGGACGUUUAUAUCAUCAUGGAGAACAGGCUGCCCGCCCCAGACAGGAUGGAAGUAGAAUUUAAUUGUGCAGCUUCAGCAGAACGAGUGUCAGGAACUGCAGUGAAUGAAUUUAUUGUUAAAGUUCCGUCACCCGAGAUGCCCGCCGGUGAGGUUUCAGUACGACUUUACUGCGGCGAGUCGGUUGUUUGUUCAUCAGUUGUGACGUAUUACACCAAGAUGGAGGAGAUCAGCCGUUAUCUUGAGGAGGUUCUGGAUCCCGUACAGUUCAUGUGUCAGGCUUUUAAUAUCACAUCUAACAUAAUGGAGGACGUGGACGACCUGCUUACAGAGUCACUAACAAAACGGACACCUCUAAACGGGCUGCAGGUAUUUGGAGUGAAUCAGCUUGAGGAGGGGAACGCAUCAGCAAAUGAGAGGGACAUGGAACUGCCAACGUUACUUCACUUCUCAGCAAAGUUCGGUUUGAAAAAGCUGACCAGCGAGUUGCUUCGAUGUCCGGGAGCUUUACAGGCGUACAGCAUAGUGAAUAAAAACGGGGAUUAUCCCAACACACUGGCCGAGAAAAGUGGAUUCUCUGAUCUCAGACAGCUGAUGGAUCAUUACGUCGAGACGGUAGAUCUGGUCGAGUCCCACAUGGAGGAGUCUCUGAUGACUGAAGAUAAUGAAGACAUCUACGAGCCCAUGGCCAACGCAUCACACCGCUUUAGUGCUGAGUUUCCUGUUGAAGAGGACAUUUAUGAAUCCAUGAUGCAGCUCAAUCCAGACCUGGAGUUCCAAGAUGAGCUGAAUGGGAGUUUUAAUGAGUCGGUGAAUCCAGAAGACGCCAUGCUGAGAAAAUUCUUCCAAGCUAAAGCAGAUCCGUGUUGUGAGAGCGUGGAGGAUGUUAUAUACGACGAGUACGCCGCAUCGCACGCUGACCACGAGCAGAACUACGAGGAGGAGGAGGAGGACCCGUAUAAGAUGUGCUUCCCUGAGGAAAUCUACGACACCAUAGAGGAGGAUGAGAAAUUCACAUCUGUGGUUAUGAACCGGCCCCCGGCCCCUGUCCCCCGACCCUCCACCCUGGAGCCCGAGGAAUGUAAAACCUACAUCUCCACAGUGUUCUCCACUAAAAACUGCUUAUACACAGAGAGUAACCGCAGAGCUUCUGAUGCAGUGCCGGUGCGACCGGUGCCCGAGCGGAUGCUCAGCAGCACCUACGACCCCUACGCUGGCAUGAAGACCCCGGGUCAGAGGCAGCUGAUCUCCCUGCAGGAGAGGGUAAAGGUCGGGGCCAUCACGGUGGAGGAGGCCGUGCAGGAGUUUAAAGCCUGGCAGUUCGAUCAGGACAAGCGCUCUCACUCCGUCCGGUUUCAGCAGGAGAAUUUACAGAAGUUACGAGACAGCAUCAUCAGACGUCAGAAGGAGAAAGGAAGGAGCGGCAGGACGGCAGACCUGGACAUCACCCCGCCCAUACAGAGGGACCUGUGCCGACCCUUUCAAACCAACAUGGAGUGUUCUGUAUACGAACAGAGUCCUCGCGCCGCCACCCUGCCCCCCCCUGCUAACAGACCCCUGCAGAGAGGAACCUGGCACACCGGAAGCACCUCCAGCACCUCUAGCAGCGGCAGUAACAGGCUCAGCACCCUGAGUAACAUCAGCUACAGCAGCGGCGCUGACGGAGACAUGGAGGAACCUCCAGAUUAUCCUCCUCCUCCUCCUCGCCCUCCUCGUCCGGCAGUCGAAACACCGCCGUCCCUCCCUCCUCCCAGAAUUCCACCUCGUCUACCUGACCGGAUUCCCGAGAGCGUGCUACAUGAGCGCUACAUAUCAGCUCCGGCUCGAACCCUCGCCCAGGUUCCUCUUCACCGACCCGGCCCUCCUCCACAAACCACCCGACGCCAGCGAUGAUCGCCUCUCAUGUGUGUGUGUUUUAUUCUCGUCGCUUCCUCACUUCCUGCCUGCUUCAGUGUCACUCAUCAAGCUUGAGGAAGUUAAACCUGCAGCGUCUGUUAGAAAUGAUAACGAAACUAAUUCUGCCCUCUGGUGGCUGUGAGGUUCAAUAACCACCUGAAGGAGCUACAGCAAACAUUUACAUUUACAGCAUUUAGCAGAAGAUUUAUUGUUAUUGUAUUUUCUCCACAUUUUCUCCUGAUUUAGCGACUCAGUUUUGUCUUCCGCUGCUGAUUGAUACCCGACUGCAUCCGAGGAGAGCACGUCGCUGUACACGCCUCUUCUCGUCCAUGCAUAUUCUGCACAGGCGUCUCUUCCGCCAAUCAGGGUCCUUACACAGUGUAUGAACAUCCCACCCACCCACCCACCCACACAUAGUCUGGCCCCCACCCUGCAGAUACGGUGGCCAAUUAGUAUCUGCUGCAGGCACUGCCAAUUGUGGCCACCAGAUGGCGCCCAGUUGACCGGUGGCAACACUGAGUUUCGAACCGAGGAGUUUAGAAUCUCGGAGCUGGUGUGCAAGUGGAAUAUCCCGCUGAGCCACCUGGGCACCUAGCAGACGCUUUUAUCCAAAACUACUUACACUUCAUACUAAAAAUAAUGCUACUGAGGGUAAAGUGCCAAAGAUACUGAGGGUUACGGCAAGCCGGGCACCUAUACGGACAACGAGGGUGAAAUGCCACAGGGGAUUUAUUAUAACUGCAGUUAUGCCCUCUGCUGGCUGAUCUACGGUGUUGCACAGAGAUGGGGGAUAAUGGAGAUCAGUGUGUCUCUCCGUGUGUGAUACGGAUCUUCAGGUGAAAGUCAGGAGUGGAGGUCUGCAGCAGUAAAGGGGAAAUACCAUCCGGGAAUUGGCUUUGACUAAAUUGGGAGAAAAAAUAUUUUUUUAAAUGAUCAUUUCAUCGAUUAAAAGAAAAACCAACAACAUCCAACAACGACUGGUCCUGUGUGGAAAUUCAUUCAUUCAUCUUACAAACUGACGACCAUCCAGAGCACGAGAGCAAAUCGAUCUAAAGGUUUUAACAUCGUUGGGACGCUACAGAAGGACCUUAAAUGAAGAGAUCAUGUAUGAAGACCCUCAGACGUGGCUGAAUUAAAACUAUUCUUUAUGGAAAAGUGGGUCCACAUUUAAGGAGUGAAGGUCCAUGAUUAUCCAGAGCAUGUGGUUGAGUCCCAUGAGCAGUUAAGUGUUAAUAGAGUCAUGACUUGGUGUUACAUAAAUAAACUGAUCAUUAAAGCUGUAUUGGUGUCUCAUCAUAUCGGCCUCGUCUUAUAUAAGAUUCUGUUUAAAGAUGUAAAUAAAUGAG